GUUGGAGAGCUGCAGAAACCGAGCCUGACAAGAGUCCAACCCCUCACCCCUCAGAGCUACCCCUACCAACAUAUACCCAUCGACAGUUAAUUGCUUAGACCAGACAUGUGAGCCUGUUCUUUUAUCCAUUCCUACUCUCUCUCUCUCUCUCUCUCUCUAACUUUCUCUCUCCUUUUCUUGAUUUUCUUUUCAUAUACUUCCCUGCUGUGUCGUCUCUGCUGGAUUAUGAUCUUUGAUUUUAAUGGCUUUUUCAUGUCACUGUUUUUUCAGCUCCACAAGAAAGCAACUCCAUUUUGUUGAUGGCUUGAACUUAUUAGUGUUUAUUUACAAGAAUUUGUUUUAGAAAAAGGGGAUUUUGACUUAUUUGGAAAAGAAAAAGAUAAAAAAAGGAAAAUUUAUGGCUAUGUACUAUCAAGGAAGCUCUGAAGUCCAAGGGGAUGGUUUGCAGACGCUUUAUCUGAUGAACCCUAACUAUAUUGGGUUCUCUGACACAACUGCACUGCCGCAAUCACAGCAGGCGAUGUUCUUGAACUCCGGGAACGCGCUUCAUGUCGGAGGUAUGGCGCACGCGCGGCUUCCUCAAUCGCAGCACUUUGUCGGCGUGCCGCUCCCGCCUUCGGCUCUUGGAUCGGCGCAGCUUCAUGACCCGAGCCGGAGUUUGUGGGCGGCUGUGGAGCAAGCCGGGAGUGGCGGCGGCGGUCAGUCGCAGCAGCAAAUACCGUCUGCGGUGGUUUCCGGCGGCGGAACCACCGACUUUGCGUCCCAGCUGGGGUUCCAUAGGUCGGUGGUGUUGUCACCGACAGCUCAACAAGGGCUAUCCUUGAGCUUAUCGCCCCAACAGCAGCCUUUCCGGUCUCUCCCGAUGGAAUCUCCGGUGGGGCUUUUAUCCGCGCGACCCGGACACGACUCCGGCGCGUCGUCGUCGUCGAUCACCAACGGAAUCUCCGGCUUGAUUACCGGCUCCAAGUACCUAAAGGCGGCUCAGGAGCUUCUAGAUGAAGUCGUGAACGUGGAGAAGAGCCUCAAGCUAGACGCCGCCGAUAAAGAAAAGGCCAAAAUGAAGAAAGAAUCAAUGCCGCCUUUCGGCGCCGCCGGCGAUCCGCCCCCCACCGUAGCCGAAACCAGCUCCCAGAAAACUGCAGCGGCGGCGGCGGCUGAGUUAACCACGGCUCAAAGACAAGACCUUCAGAUGAAAAAGGCCAAGCUUCUUAGCAUGCUAGAUGAGGUGGAGCAGAGGUACCGGCAAUACCAUCACCAAAUGCAGGUGAUUGUGGGGGCGUUUGAGCAGGCGGCCGGAGUUGGGUCGGCGAGAUCGUAUACUCAUCUGGCUUUGAAUACCAUAUCGAAGCAAUUCCGGUGCCUGAAAGUGGCGAUUGCUUCUCAGAUAAAGGCGACGAGCAAGAGUUUGGGUGAGGAAGAAGGGGUGGGGGGUUCGAGGUUGAAGUUUAUUGAUCAUCAUCUUCCUCAGCAACGUGCCCUCCAGCACCUUGGGAUGAUGCAGCCCAAUGCUUGGAGGCCCCAGAGAGGCCUCCCGGAGAGAGCCGUCUCCGUGCUCCGCGCUUGGCUUUUCGAACACUUUCUUCACCCGUACCCGAAGGAUUCAGACAAAAUCAUGCUUGCUAAGCAAACAGGGCUUACCAGAAGCCAGGUGUCGAACUGGUUCAUCAAUGCUCGAGUGCGAUUGUGGAAGCCGAUGGUGGAGGAGAUGUACAUGGAAGAAAUGAAAGGCCAAGAACAGUACGGCGGCUCCGACGAAAACGCCGCCGCCUCAAAGAGAAGCGAAGCUAAUAAGGAAAUUGGCUCCACUGAAAAGCACGAAAGCAAUAUUAUUAAAGAUAAUAUUAAUAAUAAUAAUGCUUCUCCGACUGAAAUCUCCACUUCGAUUAUGACUGCAUCUCCCACCGGCGUUUCAUCUCUCCAGCCUCACGGCGGCGCGUUCUCCUUUAUCAACACGCUAAACAUGGAAACCGCCGGCGGCGAAAGGAACGGGAAGAAACCGCGGACGAACGUCGACAUUCAAAGCUCCCCCAGCAGUAUUCUCUCGGUGGACAUGGACAUCAAGUCCGCCGGCGACCACAAGUUCACCGCCGACAGAACUCCGGCCGCCGCCGAAAACUUCCCCGACCUAAUGGCCGCAAACCCCGGCGGAUUCGGCGGAUUCACCAUCGGAGAUUUCGGACGGUUCAACCCGGAAAACCUAACCGCUUCCGGAUUUCACGGAAACGGCGUUUCCCUCACUCUCGGCCUGCCGCCGUCUGAAAACCUAACCGUCUCCGCUACCCAACAAAAUUACCUUUCUACCCACCAAGACAUGGACUUGGGCAGGAGACUCGAGAUGGGCAGAAUGGGAAUUGACAACAACCCUCAACCUUCUUCCCACUCAAACAUCAAUGGCUAUGAAACCAUAGAUUUCCAGAAUGGCAAGCGCUUUGCAGCUCAACUCUUACCAGAUUUUGUAGCGUGAAAAAAGGGGUUUAAUUUGCAGGUAAUUUAAUAUAUAUGCAUAUAUGCAUGGAAUCAAAGAAAUGGACAGAAAAGUAGUAUAUAAUUUUCAUUAAUUAUUACGAACAUCUUCCAUAAUCUUGUACCUAUACAUACAUAUAUAGCUCCUCCUUUUAGUGCCUAACCUGCAGGAAAAAAAGAGGAGAUCAGAUGAUUUUAUUAUGGUUAGUGUAAGAUAGGGCUUAAGUGAUUGGUAUAGGUUACACUUUUCAGUGGAACAUACAACUAUAUACUACGUAAGUAGAUAUAUAUAUAUAUCUUCAAAUAUAUAGAUUGGGUGGGUAUUUACGGUUCAUCAACUAUAAUAUAUCUUUAUGCAAACAUUUGUCAAUGAAUUAAUGAAAACUUUGUAUGCUGUAAAUUUAUUAUAUAUUCAUUCUUAAUGCAAUUAUGCAUGUAA